AUGCGGAUCCCUAUCGAUAUCUUUCACCACAUCUGCUCGAUCCUACAAACCGACAACUCUAUGACAGCACUUAUCAAUCUCCAAUCAUGUUCCAAACAAUCCUAUCGUAUCGUUACUCACUAUCUCUACCAGAACUUCCAUCUGACCGCUCGCGCUCUUCAUCACUUUGUUCGACAGAUAUUCGAUACUUCACUCGGUCUACAACCACCACUUCUGCCGAAGGAUUACAAUCAUUCCGAUUAUAUGGGCUCUCUCAUCGAUCUUGAUACCUGUAGAGUACCUACUCAAGAUGUAUCUCCUUCAAGGUGGAUCAGAAGUCUGUUCACUCAUAUCAAGCGAAUUUCCCUUACUUUCGAUAAAGGCCAAAUCGAUCCGGUCGUACACCAUUGUUUAUCGCAUUUGACAAGUUUCGCUCGAAGCGUUCAUCUCCACACGAAUGACUUCCUGUUCCCCAAUCUUACUUCAGUAUCUCUCUCCCCGGCAAGUCCAAAUGGUACAAUCCCUGUAUAUCCGUUAUCGUUAUUCCUCCGCGAAGCUUGUCAGCCAUCUCAUCUGCAUAUUGAACGACCUCAUCGUGAUCCUGGUUUAGGCCAUUUCGUCCUGUUGAUUAAAGGAAGCGUACAAUCUGCCAAAUUACUAGAUGUGAAUAUACACUACUUACCAUCAGCAGGAUCGGUUAGGUUGAAAAUCCGGUACCUCAAAGCGAAAUGUGGUAAUAUGUGUUCUUCGCCAGAUCAUCAAUUUCAAGUUGGAUUUCCGUUCACUUGUAGAUUCGCUACGUACCUACAAAGAGGGAAAAAAUUGUUCAAUGCCUGUAUAUCCUCUAAGGUGGGGUUAGACGAUUGGAAAGAAUGGAAUAUCGUACACGGUGAUGAGGGAGAGUGUGAAGAGGGUAUAAGCAGGAUGGUCGAUCACUUGAAACACCUCGUGGAAGAGAUAUCGGAUUGGGUGUACGAGGGGUUUAAUGAUGAUGAUGAUAUCUAUUGGGAGGGCGUGAGUGAUGAUGAGAGGGAGGAGUUUCUCAAAAGAGGAAGGAAGUUCGUGGAAACUUUGAAAGUCAUCAAUGAGAACCGGUAA